AUGCGGCAUCAUAUAUCUGCCAUCCAAUUGGGAAUACAAUACUCUGGCAAAGAAUUAUUGGCCAAUAAUUUGUCUUCCAGUAAUGUUUGUUAUAACUGCAAAAAAAGUUAUCAAAGUGUACAGACACCUGCAGGAAAACCAUUUGCUGCCAAUGAAACAAAAAGAUGCUCUGCUUGUGACAGUCUCUUCCCAUCUCUCAUGGCUCUUGAACAUCACAAGGAAGAGUUUGAACACUGGUCAGGCGAUGACAGCCCUCCUGACAACAGCGAAUCUGAAGAAGACACCAGCGAUGAUACUGUAACCAGUGAAGAGUUGGAGCGACUGCUGUAGCAAUCGGCCUUGCUCUGACCUGACCCUUCCAAAUCCGACCACACCCCUUAUAUGUCUGAUAAAAUGAUAUUAAAUGAAAUAAACCUAAACCCCACACCGUCUACCACAUAUGAUAUUUAGUGCAUGAGCACUAAUUAACCCUGUAAACCUAUGUGCAGCAUGAAUUAAUGUCAAUUGUAAUGAUUAUCAAAUAUACUUUGAAGGAUCCAAUGAAGUAAACAUGGG